GCCCGUUCCAAGCUGCCGAAGAAGCGGAGGCGAGUGCUGCCCGCCGAGCACAGCCGGCGCGGACCUCGCCGCGAGACGGGCGGCUUCCAGAGGCGCAUGAACGCGAUCAAGCAUCACCCCAACGCCAAACAGCCGCACCCGCUGCACAGCCUGCACACGGUCAACGGGAUGAGUGCCGUCUCGAGCCAGUGUCGAGGCCUGGUGCCGGUGGCACCGCUCGGGCCGGCGGCGCUGCAGGCCAGGCCCCCAGCCGCUCUCGACAUCAUCCUGGGCGUCAACAGGCAAGGCGCCGGCCUGCUGGCUCCGCCCGGGCAGCCGACGCCCGCACCCCUGCCCGUGGCCGAGAGUCGUCCGCCGCUCACUCAGGGGGCAACUGUCGAAAUGCCGCCAUUAGAGACGCCUCCUGUCGACUCGGCGUCGCUGGGUGGGCGCAGCGACACUAGCGCCAACGUCGCCGAAGCGGUGAUCGAGGUAACCACGACGGCGGACGUGACGACCGAGAUGGAGUGGGCGGGGGAAGCGCAGAAGAGUUCUGGUCCCCAAGAAGUGGCCACUGAGGACAGCGCAGAAGAGGGACCCGAAGAUAAUGAAGGCACACUUCUCAUCGAUAGUGAAGAGAAGUUCGACGAGAACGAUGAUAAUGACAACCCCGUUGCAAUCCGAGGCAUGCCGCGCGCCGACGUCUCCAUCAUCCUGACCAACUCGUCGCCCACCGAGAUGGAGGAGGCCGACAUGUUCUCGCUCGUCACCGUCAUGCCCGGGGUGUCGCUGUAACGCCGGCUGCGGCGUG